AGCGGCCCACGGGGAGCCUGGGGGCAGAGAUGGACGCGAAGAAGCGAGAGCGCCCCGACAACUACGGGGAACCAAGGACAUAUGACCCGGAGUUCAGAGGACCUAUUUAUAAAAGGAGCUGUACGGAUGUCGUGUGUGGCAUCAUUUUCAUCGUGACCAUCUUUUGCUACAUCAUCUUAGGACUUCUGGCCUGGGCCCAUGGGGACGCCAAGAAACUGGCAUACACCACGGACAGCAACGGGGAUUUUUGUGGCCAGAAGAACACCCGCAAUGAGAAGAAGAAUAAUUUGUUUUAUUUUAACAUUCUGAAGUGUGCCAGCCCCACAGUGCUAACGAGCUUCCAAUGCCCGACCAGGCAGUUCUGUGUCUCCGUGUGCCCGGACAGAUUUUUAACCUUCAUAGACGUGCAAAAAAAACAUCGAGUUGAUAGAAGCUCCUGGGAAUACUAUCGUCAGUACUGCAAGCCUGGCUUUAAUGACCCUUUAAAGCCCGUAUCAGAAGUUUUUCGGAAUGAAGAUUGCCCAUCAUUUAUUUUACCCAGCAGAUCUUUUCUCAAGAGAUGUUUCCCAGACUUAAGUACUAUCAAUGGCAUUUUGGCCCUAAAAAACAGGACAACGUUCAUUGAUGGAACUGGAUCUACAAGAAAUAUCGCCGAUCUCCAGAAAGGUGUUAAUGGCAUCAGUCGAAUCCUUACUAUGAGAACAAUCGGCUUGAAGGUUUUUGAAGAUUUUGUAAACUCUUGGCAUUGGAUUCUCAUUGGGCUAUUCCUUGCAAUGAUCAGUAGCUUGGUGUUCCUGUGGUUCCUGAAAUAUACUGCUGGCACAAUCUUGUGGUUCUUUGUGUUUGGUGUGGUCAUCGUUAUAUUAUAUGGAAUAUGGAUCUGUUACCGCGAGUAUAAACGUCUUCUGUCAAAACCUGGAACCGGAGACACUUUCUAUGAGAUUGGCUUUCAUUCUGAUUUGAGAGUGUACUUGCAACUGCGGCAAACCUGGUUAGCAUUUACGAUCAUGCUUUGCAUCCUGGAAGUGUGCAUUCUCCUCGCCAUCUUGUUCCUGAGAAAGAGAAUCCAAAUUGCUGUUGCGCUGCUGAAGGAAGGAAGCAGGACCAUUGGAUAUAUCCCAUGCUCCUUAUUGUACCCCCUAGUCACAUUCUUUCUUAUUUCAAUCUGCAUUUCCUACUGGAUCGUGAUUGCAGUUUUCUUGGCUACAUCAGGGAAAGCUGUAUUUAAAGUCCUGAAUGUUGGGACUAACUGCAAAUAUGCAAAUGAAACCUGUGACCCUCAGACUUUCUAUUCUACCAAUAUAAGCAAGGAAUGUCCAGGUGCUGGCUGCCAUUUUGCUUUCUAUGGUGGAAAAUCUAUUUUUUACGAGUACAUCUUAAUUUUCCAAAUCUUCAAUGCAUUUGUCUUCCUCUGGCUGGUGAAUUUCUCCAUUGCCCUGGGUCAGUGCACCCUUGCAGGUGCCUUCGCCUCAUAUUAUUGGGCCUUCCAGAAACCUAAGGACAUUCCCUCGCAUCCACUCAGUGCUUCGUUUGGAUGUGCCCUCCGAUAUCACACAGGUUCCCUAGCAUUUGGAUCUUUAAUACUUACAAUUGUACAAAUUCUUAGAGUUAUGUUGGAGUACUUGAACCACAAACUUAAAGACUCUAAGAGUAAAUCUGCUAAGUUCAUUCUAUGCUGCUUCAAGUGCUGUUUCUGGUGUUUGGAAAAAGUCCUCAAGUUUAUAAACAGAAAUGCCUACAUCAUGAUUGCGAUAUAUGGAGAAAACUUCUGCACUGCAGCCCGAAAUGCUUUCACGCUUAUAAUGAGAAACGUGGUGAGAGUUGCCGUGUUGGAUAAAGUGACAGAAUUCUUGUUAUGUAUGGGGAAGCUGCUUAUUUCUACUAGCAUGGGUAUCCUGGGCUUUCUGUUCUUCACAAAAAAACUCCCGGUCACACCACCAACACUGAAUUAUUACUGGGUGCCUCUGUUGAUGAUAAUUUUUGGGUCUUACCUCAUUGCCCAUGGGUUCUUCAGUGUCUUUGCAAUGUGUGUCGAUACCCUUUUCCUCUGCUUCUGUGAAGAUCUGGAGAGAAAUGAUGGAAGCCUAGAGAAACCUUACUACAUGUCCCCUGAGCUGCUUCAUAUUAUGGGCAAGAAGCAAGCCAAGAGAAAAGCAUAGAAGCUUCCACGCAGGGCUACCCACUCCCAAGGAGACCUUGAACAAGUAUGCCAGCCCAAAUUUAGAAACCAUGCUUUGGAGUGAUGGGCAGAGAGAGCCUGGCUCUUUAUGCUGAGGAGACGGGAAGCUGGUGACAGCAGCCACUGGGGAAAGAAGAGUCUUCCUGUGAGGCUGCUGCCCCU